AUGGUGGUAAGUUUAGCAGAGGAGGUCCUAAGUGGUGUAUUACAGGCCGCGGAACAGCUUCAAGGCGCUAUCAUAGCUGCUGAAACUGGCUGUGUUGAAAGUUUGCGUUGGUCUGGAGCUAUACCGUUGUUAUUGCGAGAUUUAGACGUUCAGAACGUGCUUCAAGCCGAAGAUUUGUUUAAAUGUGAGACGUCCGAGACAUUACGUCGUUUAUUGAGCGUUCAAGACGUAAACAAGAGUGAUGUAAAUGUGGUAUUGCUACUCUCGGGCUUCUUAUGGGACUAUGAAGUUUUAUUGCGGUGGUUACUGGCUCUGAAUGUCAUUAAUCGCCUCACAAUCUGCAGCAGUCUCUCGGAACGUGCACAUGAGUGUUAUGACUUUGAUAAAGCAGAAGAGGACACUACAAUAGCUGUUACAGGUGCUCGAGCAACUCAAGUGAUGAAAUUUGAUGAAUUUGCUCAAGAAUUGAGCAAGAAUACGACGUUUCCGAUGGAAAAUAGAGCAGAAUUGAGACACGAAGAAGACUGGAGCUGGGAUGAUACAGAGGCAACGAUAAGUGAUCCUGAAACAAGAGUGCAAGUCAUUCACUUGCCGUUGAAUGUUGUGCCGUUGUUAUCGGCCAAGACCAUCAGUCCAGAGCCGUCAGUGUUUGUAUUGGCACAACCGACGUGUGCAGCAGCUUUUCCGUUGUUGUUACAUCAAGUGAAAAAGGUGAAGAGGGUGACGUCUUCUACUUUAUCCACUGGAGGAGGAAAUAUGUUGAAUGCUGUGGAAGGUGGAAAAAAGCUAAAUGCACAUAUUAAGGACGUGCUACCAGAACAGAUUCCAAGCUCGUUUCGGAGAUCGAUGAGGUUAUUGGCGUAUACACUUGCAGAAAUGAUGGUUGGAGCUCGAAUGGAUGUUAAAGAACGUAUCUAUGCUAUUGGUGCGACGUCGCUUAAAAUCGGAUACACGCUGUUGCGGAUCUUGAAUGAGUUGCAAGAGGAGGUGACUCCUUUAGCGCUUCAAGACCAACAGGCUGCUACUAUGAUUAUUAUUGAUCGGACGAGUGAUUUAGUGUCGCCGUGCUCAUUUGGUAGCUCUCUUCUUGAUCGCAUUCUGGCACUCUUACCCCAAACGCCAACAGAGUCUGCUGCAGGAGAAAAUACGGCUGAGAACAGGGCUACGACGCGAACGAAAUUAAACGUGACAGAGAUUUUCCCGCUUCACGGAUGCGAGCCAACCCCGUUAUCGGUGUCAGCGCCACUUGCUAAAAAGCUUGACGAGUUUGGGUACCUACCAUCGAAGUUUGUGUCUCAAAUAAAGUGGAAGGGCGGUGCUAGUCUGUGCCAUCCGACCAUACCAAGCGGUUCGAAUGUGUUUCGAUCGCUAGCCUUCCGACCGGCAAAGCUCGCGCUGCGCGACCUUGACAAGCGGCUACAAGCGGUGGAGCAGGAUUUGCUCCAACGAGGAGACAUUCAGAAAACUGCAGUCACGCGUCAACGUGGGGAGAAGAUUCGUGGGCGUGAUGUUGUUCUGCGCCGAAUGAGCAAGAUAUUGGAGGCUGGUGAGCCUACAAACCUCGAAUAUAGCUCACUGAUUGAGCUUGGCGUGAUUGUUUUGGAAACGUUGGAGCGGAUGGACCAGUCACAGGAGCGGUGGGAUAAAUGCCGGGAGCGGGUAGUGCGCCAACUCGAGCUUCAAAAACAAGGAGGCUGCGAGUGGAUUCUUCCUGAAGUUGUUGAUGUCAUGCAACGUCAGAUGUCUGCAGUGCAAUCGAGCACAUCGCAAACCAACGAGGGAAUCAUUUUGCUGCAGGAGUUGCUGACACUACUGGUGAAUGCGUUCGCCCUCUCAUCUGGCGUACCGCUGGAAGACUUCACCAUCCAAAUGGUCCAAAAGGCUCUUGCUCAAACUGUUAUGCAGACUGUAAAAACUAACCCGCUAUCCGUGCAAACUGCACUUCCGGAGCUAUUCGAUCGACUAUCUCCUUACAUUGGCACAAAUGGAUUACAUGAUAGACAUGUUGCUUCAGAUCACACUGAAGGUGAUGAUUGGGACUGGAUUGACAGUAGCAAUUCGCCAACCACACCAAAAGAAAUCUCCUACAGCCACAAUGAUGAGGUCCAGCUGGUCGAGGUGACGUCCGUUAUUGAAACUUACGUGGAAGGCUUGAUGGAUCCUUUGAAGGAUUGUGCGCAGCAGUUUGUGAGAAUAAAAGACGAAGACGCAACACUAAAGGCUGCGGAUCUCCAUGACUCCCCGGACUCAUUGAUCGCGCAGCUUUGUAAAUCUCUUGUGGACCCAUCAGGGGCGCCACUUUCCGAAAUUCAACAUGUCGUUGAUGCGUCCGAACAGCUAACACGUGCCGGAAUUGAUCUUCUUAAAAGCGGGUUCAGCAAGUUUGGGUUUGGCAUGGGUGGUGCCGGGGGCCAACGCAGUACUAAUGGGAACCGGUUAUUGGGCAACUCGAACAUUAUUGUUGUGUUUGUAGUGGGAGGCAUUACUUUUGGGGAGAUUCAAGAAGUACACGAUGCGCUGAGCGACAACACCAAGUAUCAAAUUAUCCUUGGUGGAACCACGAGCACAAACAAUGAGGUCAUAUUGGAGAAGUUGUUUACCUUCUAA